AUGCAGGUGCUGCAGAUGGUCAAGGAGCUGGUGUCGCCGUCCAGACGCUUUCCAGCGUCCGACAGCGAUCGGGAUGCCGCCGUGAAACUGGAACAGGAACGAACCGAAAUUGUGGCCAAAUAUGAAAAGGGAAAGGAGGCCACCGUGGAGCCCUGGGAGGAUACCGACUUUCACCUCUACAAGGUCGUGGACCGCUUUGGCUUCGUGCAUGAAAAGGAGCUUCCUUCUUACGACUCUGUGGAGGAAAAGCACAAGCAUACCGAAUUGGAGAGGACUACCAAGUGGCUGAAGAUGUUGAAAAGCUGGGACAAAUACAAAAACAGCGAAAAGCUCGCGCGUAGGAUCUACAAGGGAAUCCCGCUGCAGCUUCGGGGGGAAGUCUGGUCGCUCCUGCUGGACGUUCCCAAAAUCAAGGAGGAAAAAAAGGACUUCUACGAGAAGCUGAAGAGCCGGGCCAAGGGCUCCUCGCCGGACAUCCGCCAAAUCGACCUGGACGUCAACCGAACCUACAGGGAUCACAUCAUGUUCAUGCAUCGCUACGACGUCAAGCAGCAAGCCCUCUUUCACGUUCUCACCGCUUACUCCGUCUACAACGUGGAGGUGGGCUACUGCCAGGGCAUGAGUCAGAUCACAGCGCUGCUGCUCAUCUACAUGAACGAAGAAGACGCCUUCUGGGCUUUGGUCAGGCUACUGUCGGGACGCAAGCACGCCAUGCACGGCUUUUUUGUCCCCGGCUUCCCCAAGCUGCUCCGUUUCCAGGAGCACCACGACCGCAUCUUGAAGGAAAGGAUGCCCAAGCUCAAGCGUCACCUGGACAGUCAAGAUGUUCUGACCAGCCUUUACACCAUGAAGUGGUUCUUCCAGUGCUUCCUGGACAGAACGCCGUUCACGCUGACUCUCAGGAUCUGGGACAUCUACAUCCUAGAGGGCGAGAGAAUUCUUCCCGCCAUGUCCUACACGGUCCUCAAACUGCACAAGAAGCACUUGAUGAAGUUGUCCAUGGAGGAGCUGGUGGACUUCCUGCAGGUGACCUUGUCCAAGAAUUUCUUUUUCGACGACGACGUGGUGGUGGAGCAGCUGCAAGCCUCGGCGGCCGAACUCCGAAGGGCCAAGCUGGAGCUUCCCCCGCCAGGUAAAGAGGAGGAGUUCCCCAAGAAGCCCCUGGGGCAGCUCCCCGAGUCGGCGGGCAACCACGUGGGCAACGGACAGACUCGCGCCGAGCCGCCGCCCGCGCCAUCGCCAGGCGGCCGUCCCCCUAGUCGGUCGCGCCGUGACUCACCGGACAAGUCGGUAAGCCCGCGCAAGUCCGACGCCAAGGAGGGGCGGGUCAAGAUCGCCUCCGACGGCCGGCGCCCGCCCGAAAAGGGCCCGGUUCAGAGAGAAAGGGCCGCCGACCACAACUCCCAUCGAGAUAUCGGGCCUCGUUGGUUCAAACCCUCCGAAACCAAGCUGGAGGCGGCCAAAGCUACGGCGGCCCAGGCGGGGCAGCGGAACCGGGCGGGAGCGGCCUCGCCCGCCCCGUCCCAUUCCGAGCGCCGCCCCCUCUCCGAAGGCUCUGUUCCGGGCGCCGACCGCGGUUCCAACGCCUCCCAGUACGACAACGUUCCGGGGCUGGAGCCGGCGUUUGAGAUCUUGGAGCUGGAGAGACCGCCGUCUCGGACGCGUCCUCCUCGCAGCGAGACCCCCGCCUGCUUCGUUGCGCCCGGAUACGGCGAGACCGUGUUUUCGCCUCAGUUGGGCUCUAGGAUUCCCUCGCACCCGCCCGCGCCCUCAUCCGGCCACCGUCAUCCGGCGGGAGUCCAGAAGCGCUUCCCCGGAGACCAAAACCGUGACCAGCCCCCUGCUGAGGUCCCCGUCUUUCACCCCGGGAUCAGACGCGGGGACCCGGCGCUCUGUGAUCAACCCUACGCCACCGUCAGGCAAAAAAAUGCAGCUAAACGCAUCUCCCCGGAACAGGCGCUCAUGAACUACUACGUGACCCACCGCGUGCCGAGCCACCCGCGUGGUCCCAGACCGCCACCCUUGCUGCUGGAGUCCCACGGGAGCACCACCCCUCUCUAUCUGCAAAAGCUGACCUCCGCCGCACAGGUCCGGGCCCCUGCGGACGACGGUUCCCGAGGGCGCGUCCCGGAAGGAUCCCGAUGGGGCCGGGAGCCGCCGUCGUCCCCGGGCGGCGUGCCUCGCUCGCCCAGCUUUCAGAAAGCCCAGAUGUCUCCCGUGGAGGUGUUCGAGUUCCCGGAGGACGGGAUGCCGCGGCCCGUCGCUCACCAGCGACUCCCCCAGUUAUUUGGGGGAGCACACUACAGGCACGCACAGGAGGUCUUUGCCAUGCAGGAGUCCAUGCUGCUCUGA